UCCUCCGCUAACGCCACGGGGUCCGGCAGCGGACCUGUCCGGGCGUUGUGGUGUGCAGACCUGGUAUCCUGCUUGCCGGUGUGGCUUCCGCUCGAUCCCCCGCUCGGGAGCAGGCGGGCAGGGCUGUUGUCUACUUCCUCUGUCUCAUGUACAUCUUCCUCGGUGUGUCCAUCAUCGCAGACCGCUUCAUGGCGUCCAUAGAAGUCAUCACCUCUCAGGAGAAAGAGGUGACCAUCACCAAACCCAACGGGGAAAGGACAGUAACCACGGUGAGGGUCUGGAACGAGACUGUGUCAAACCUCACGCUCAUGGCCCUGGGCUCCUCGGCGCCGGAGAUCCUGCUAUCCGUCAUUGAGGUGGUUGGUCACAACUUUAACGCAGGGGAGCUCGGCCCCAGCACCAUUGUGGGCAGCGCCGCCUUCAACAUGUUUGUGAUCAUCGGUCUAUGCGUGUGGGUGAUCCCCAACGAAGAGUCUCGUAAGAUCAAACACCUGCGAGUGUUCUUCAUCACGGCUUUCUGGAGUAUUUUCGCCUACAUCUGGCUCUACCUCAUACUGGCCGUCAUCUCCCCUGGCAUUGUAGAGGUGUGGGAGGCCGUGGUGACGCUGCUGUACUUUCCUGUGUGCGUGAUAUUGGCUUGGAUCGCUGACCGCCGCCUGCUCUUCUACAAGUACAUGCACAAGCGUUACCGCGCCGACAAGAGGCACGGCAUCGUGGUGGAAAUGGAAGGUGACCUCGCACCCAAAGGCAUCGACGUGAUCAUGGACAGCAAGCUGUCGGUCGGCGGCGCGUGCCCCGGAAACUCGUCCAGCGUCUCUGUGCAGACGGGCACUGAACUAGACCCAAACAAAGAUGAGGUGGUCCGCAUCCUGAAAGACCUGAAGGAGAAACACCCAGACAAAGACCUGGACCAGCUGAUUGAGAUGGCCAACUACUCCGCCCUGGUCCACCAGAAGAAGAGCCGCGCCUUCUACCGGGUCCAGGCGACGCGCAUGAUGAUUGGCGCCGGCAACAUACUGAGGAAACACGCCGCUGAGCACGCACGCCGCUCAGUGGGCCAGGAGGCCGACAAGGCUACGUGCUCGCACAUUUGUUUUGAAAGUGCGCAGUACCAGUGCACGGAGAACUGCGGCUCCCUGAGCCUCGGGGUGAUCCUCGAGGGGGGCACAGGCCAGAACACUUUCUAUGUGGACUACUGUACAGAGAAUGGGUCUGCCAAUGCCGGGGCCGACUAUGAAUUCAAUGAGGGAACCCUGGUGUUUAAGCCAGGGGAGAGCCACAAAGAGAUUAAGGUGGGCAUCUUGGAUGACGACAUCUUCGAGGAGGACGAGCAUUUCUUCGUGCGGCUCCGGAACCUGAGGCUGGAGGAAGGGUCUCCGGAGGGGAUGGGGACCCCACCGAAAGGCCGACUUGCGGAGCCGCUGGUCGCCACCGUUACAAUCUUGGACGACGACCACGCAGGCAUCUUCACCUUUGGCCAGCGCAUGUUGCGCGUGAGCGAGAGCACCGGCACGCUGGCGGUGACAGUAGUGAGGAACUCGGGCUCCAGGGGCACCGUCGCCAUGCCGUACCGAACAGAGGACGGCAGUGCCAAGGCCGGGGUGGACUACGAGCACGCCGUAGGGGAGCUGGAGUUCAUCAACGAACAGACCAGUCAGAUCUUACAGGUGCGCAUUAUCAAUGUGGAGGAGUACGAGAAGCAGGAAAACUUCUUCAUUGUGCUCGAGGACCCCAAAUGGCUGAAGCGAGGACUCUCCGGAAACCCCACCCCGGAGGAGGAGGAGGCCCGGAGGAUCUCGGAGAUGGGCAAACCCAUUCUAGGGGAGCACAGCAGGCUGGAGGUCGUCAUAGAGGAGUCCUGUGAGUUUAAGAACACAGUGGACAAACUCCUGAGGGACACAAACCUGGCAGUGGUGCUCGGCACUCACUCAUGGAGAGAGCAGUUCAUUGGAGCGGUCACAGUCAGUGCAGGUCAGUACGAGGACGAGGGACAGGAGCAGCGAUUGCCCAACUGCUUCGACUAUUUCAUGCACAUAUUGUGCGUUUUCUGGAAGAUUCUGUUCGCCUGCGUCCCACCCACAGAGUACUGGAACGGCUGGGCAUGCUUCAUAGUGUCAAUCUCCGUGAUUGGUUUCUUAACAGCCAUUAUUGGAGACCUAGCCUCCCAUUUUGGCUGCACCGUCGGCCUGAGGGACACCGUCACCGCGGUGGUCUUUGUAGCUCUGGGGACUUCACUUCCUGAUACCUUUGCCAGUAAAGUGGCUGCCACUCAGGACCAGUAUGCGGAUGCGUGUGUGGGGAACGUGACAGGAAGCAAUGCGGUCAAUGUGUUUUUGGGCAUCGGGGUGGCCUGGUCCAUCGCUGCCAUAUAUUGGCAAGUUAAAGGUAAGGUCUUCCGCGUUGACCCUGGCUCGCUGGCCUUCUCCGUCACACUCUUCACCAUCUUCGCUUUCUUCGCCAUGGGGGUGCUGAUGCUACGCCGGAGGCCGUCCAUAGGCGGCGAACUGGGCGGCCCACGGAUCUACAAAGUCCUCACUUCGCUGUUCCUCUUCGGACUCUGGUUCCUCUACGUCCUCUUCGCCAGCUUGGAGGCCUACUGCCAUAUACAAGGAUUCUGAGAGCGCACAGCUGGGGAGAGUUAUGACUGAACAAUAAAAAACAAAAAUCACACACCACUGGGACCUUCACCUGUGCAGUUCUGUUCCAGUGACUUACCACUGAUAAGACUUAUCAUUACUUGACAAACUGCUGCCAUGGCUGUUAAAAAUAAAUAUAUAUAGAAAAACACACCAUCGACUCACACAUGCAAACAUCUGUAUGUCUCCCCCACUUCAGGACAGUUCCAGUCAGCAGAAUCUUUGGACUAAAUAACAUGCAGAGACUGUUUUUGAUGAAGGAGAGCGAAGCAGGUCACCGCGUACGUACGCGGAGUCAAUGGAUUUUGCUUAAUUCUGGCGUGAUGCCUGAUGGUUCAUAACCUGGUUUGGUCUUCCCUUCUCACGCUUAUAGAGGCCGGGUCAGAGUAGAUGGCCUGACCCGGUAAUUAGAUAAGAAAAACAGUGACAGCUGCUGUUACACAGAUGUGCAAUGUAAGUGUGUUGCCAUGCUUAUACCAUGGCCACUUGUCCAAGUUUGUUUGUCAGUAAGCAUUAACCCAUAGUAAGGUCUAUUCGCUCAAAGCAAAAAGUGGCGUUCCUAUGGUUACCUCCAGUUUGUGCGCACAGAUUUAGAGCAAUGGUAUAAAACUGUUGACUGGGAGCGUUUGAGUUGUCUUGGUGUACAACUUUGAAUGGACCAGCCAGCCAAUCGUAAGAGUUUUCUUCUGGCAUGGUAUGUAAUAACUGAGUACAUUUCGCUGAAAAUCUACAGUUUGGGGAGAUAAGCUGCUGUUGUGUAAUUAUCUCACAAUGAUAAAUUGUGUUUCUCUGUUGAGUUAUGUGACGCAAGGCAUUGUUUAGUCCGAUUUAAUGCACCUACUGAGUCGAAUCUCACGUAAUAGUCACCGAUCAGAAAUGCAAUAAACCUAUAUUGGAACAUAUAAUUUACAAAGAAUUACACAGGCAAUGAAUUUCUAAUAAGCCGUGGAAUGAAAAAGAUAAUGUACCUAGUAUCUGCCAUUGAGUGUGAUUAUUUUAAAGUGAUGAUUCAUUCACCCCUGAAGUCUUAUCUGUGUAUUUAUCG